AAUCCGUGCAGCGCCCGGCGCCGCUCGCUGCCGCCCUCCCCGCCCCGGGGCUCGCCGCUCCUCCCCGUGCAGGAGGCGGGAGCCCACCGCCGCCCCGGCCGAGCAGGGCGGGAGGCCAGCGGGGAGAGCGGCGGCGGUGCCGGCGGAGCACCAUGCUGGAGUCCAUCCGUGUCACCGAAAAACUUCACUGGCCUAAGACAGAGCUCUCCAACAAAUCACUCCUGAGCCUGGAAGUGCACAAGCUGAACAUCAGCAAUGAAAACAGCCUCCAGCACCCACCUCCGGGCAUCCUUAAGGACAUCUUUACCACGGGCACCAGCAGCUACAACGUCCUCCUGCAGAGCAAAGAGGAGAAGAAGCACCACUCUCCAAAGCAGCCGUCCGCUCACCACAAGAAGCACAGGAGAGCCCCCAAGUGCGCUGGCAGCCUGCGGGGCGGCGAGCACCGCAAAGGCAAAGCGCCGCUGCCGCUGCCGCUGCCCCUGCCCAGCGGCGCCCGGCACAGCCCCGGCAGGCAGCACUGCGCCGGGCUCGCUGCCCCUGCCUCCACCGCCGCCAGGUUCACCAGCGGCAUUUCGGCUGCAGGCAGCGGCAUGGGACUGCCUUCGCGGUGCAAAAGCAGAACUAAGAGGCAUUUUAACCUGGCAAAGCCAAAGCAAUCCCCCCCGAGCUCGAAAAGCCACGGGAAAGAAGGGGAUGGCUCUGGGCAGAAGCUCUGUUUGCUGACUGCCAUCAAGCCUUGCAACGUGGAGAACGAGAAGGUGAAGUUCUUCAAGUCAGAUUUCACCUACAAUCCUCAGUUUGAAUAUGUAAACCCUGCUCUGCCGAGCGUGUUAGCUAAGCACAGUCAUGCCUCUGACAGAUUCCUUAAGCAGUCUAUUAACAUCAUGGAGAGGACACUGCAGAAAUAUGGGAGCUAUGAAAAAUUUGAGCAGGCCACUGGAGGCAGCCUGCUGACCAAAAGCCGCAUCUGGAAUCAUGUCAGGAAGUACAUGGUGAAAGAAGGCUGCCUUGGGGAGAUCGUGGUGCACCUGACCGAGGACCUGCUGUCGCGAGCCUCCAUGACGGUGGUGAACGGCCGCCCCACGCUCACCAUCAACGUCGCCACGGCCCGCGAGCACUGGCUGGAGGGCAUGCUGAGGCACGAGAUUGGCACUCAUUACUUUCGGGGUUUCAACAACAGCAGCCAGCCCUGGUGCAACUGGACGGGGCGCAGGAAGCAUGGGCUGAAACCCAUCAACCCCACAGAGGAGGGCCUGGCCAGCAUCCACAGCGUCCUCUUCCGCAAGGACCCCUUCCUCUGGAGAGCUGCCCUGCUCUACUACACGGUGUAUCAGGCUAGCCAGAUGUCCUUCAGCCAGCUCUUCCAGGACGUGGGCAGGUUUGUCAAGGACCCCAACACUCGGUGGGAUUACUGCGUGCGAGCCAAGAGAGGCUGGACUGACACGGCGCAGCCAGGCUGCUUCAACAAGGAUCAAGUGUACCUGGAUGGCAUCCUCCGAAUCCUGAGGUACAGGGAGUCCAUUGAUUUCCAUCUUCUGACAGCCCUUGGAAAGAUCUCCUACGAGGACGUGGACCGCCUGAAGGGCUUAGCUGUGACCGAGAACAUGAGGGUACCACACUUCCUGCAGGACCAUGCCCGCUACAUGGAGCACUUGGAAAAGAUCAUGGAAGUCAAUGAACUGACUGAUGAGGAGCUCCAGGAUCUCAUCAAUUAGCCAGAGCAGCCCAGCAGCCACUUAACUCUCUGAGGAUGUGAACUGCACUGCCCAGCGCUAGCGAAAAUGGACACUGGAGGGGUGGGGAGGGAGGGGUGGCUAGGAAAUGUGGAAUUGAGAGCAAGCCCUUUUUGUCUUCCCUUUGGGUUGUGAUGCCACACUGAUUGUUUUUAAGCAGGUUGUGCUUUGCUUUAGAAUUCAGCUUAGGAAUUCCUCUGCAGUGCUGUGUCCAGUCACCUCCUCUGGUUCGUGUGGUAGGUGUAGUGCUUGACACUGCCUUUUCCCACAGCUUUAGAGGUGGAAAGAAGGAGGAGGAAAAAUUCCCUUAGUACCUUUGUCUUUGGUCAUGGCUGUCACAGCUCAUGACGACAGAAGUGCUGCAGAUUGUUCUGCACUGCUGCCUGCAUCACUCCUGCCCAUCAGCUCACCAGUGAAGAGAGAAAGCCUUGCAGACACAGCGCACAGAAGCAGGUCUUUGUGCCAUGGGGUCAGAGCUCUGGAAUGCUCUGGGGUUUGCUUUACUGGGAGACUUGGCUUGUAAAGAACCAGGGCAGGUGUGGCUGUCUUAACGGCUGCAAGCAGGUAGCAGAGUUCUCCCCCAUCACCCCCUCAGAAAGUGACACUGCUCCACCUCUAUCUGUGCAGUGCCCUUUCAGUUGGCUGGGUGCUGAAAAGAGUCUCCCAGCUCUGGGGACAAGCAGAGCAUGCCUAGGAAGCUCAACACAGCAGUGUUCUGGAAGAAGAAUUGGGCAGAAGUCUGGAGUUUAGGUGCUUUAAACCAACCCAGCAACACAGGGGGACACAACUCCCCAGAGCUAGGAUCAGCUGAGCCCACAGACAGUCAACUUUUGGAGCAGUCCCUCCACGCUGCCACAAGCUUGAGCUUGCAGAGCUUGACCAAGCAGCAAGACGUGAAUGGGAAAGGGAAGAAAAACUCACAAGAGCCCUUUUCCUUCAAGGAGGGGAUGUCCACAACCUCUCUGGCAAACCUGUUUCAGUGUCUCCCCACCCUGACUGUAAAGAAUUUCACCCUCAUCUCCAGCCUCAAUCUGCCCUCCUCAAGCUUCAAUCCGUUCCUUCUCGUCCUAUCAUCACAAGCCCAUGUCAAAAGUCCCUUCCCAGCUCUCUUGUAGCCUCUGGAAGGACAAGUUCUGAAGGAAGAGCAUGGAGAGCAGUGCAGGUGAGCUCACAUCACUGCAGCUCUGCACGGUGUCAGGGAUGAGCUGACAGCCUGGCUCAGCUGCUUUGCUGUGUAUCCACACCUCCCUGCUGCUGUGUUCCUCCUAGCCAGGAAUCUGGCCAGAGCCAGCUGGCAAGGCCUCCCCUCUGUCAUCAGCCCUGUUUUAAAAGGCAUUUUAUACAACUUUUACAAGGUAAAAUAAACCUCUGAACGGCA